AUGAGUGGGCGGUAUGUAUAUUCUCAAGGGGCUUCAGGUUUGACUGUGACAGAAAAAUUUACUACACCUAUGACGAGUGUACACUCUGACGAGACUGACCUAAAACCUGACAUAAAAGUAAAACAUUCUUUUUUACUCUCUUCACUUUGUCCCGUAAAUCUGAUGGGCAGAGACUUGAUGUGUACCUAUGGUAUUUGUUUGACGUCAUCUCCAGACGGCCUUAAAGUGGUUAGGCGUAGAGCCGCACUCCAAAUGAUGCAAAAGGCUCCCUCUAAUCCUCUUUUUGUGUAUCAGUGGUGGAUCCCGAUCGAUGACGCUCGGAGGCUAAGCCAGGCUGGUGAAGCACGGGUUUCUCCUCAUGCAGACCGUAUGAACCCUGAACACCUGCAUUGCACAACAUAUGUGUCAGAGGGUCCAGACGACUCUUUUGAAGAGACAUUUUUUGAGACCCUCAGUGAUGCAAUUGCCUGUUCUACUUUGUACUGGUCAACUUGUAAAUCUGCUGUGUCUAUUUCUCUGUCUUCCACGCAGAAAGAGCUGUUUCAAGUUCCCGGCUCCUAUCCCCAUGUCUCACUGUCUAAAGGACGCCUUGACCAAUGGAGGGAUUUGGGACCAUUUGUGGCUCAGUGUGAAUCUCUCACUGACUGGGAGGAGACAAUCGAUCCGCUUGUUCUGCGCUCCGCAUCUACAGGGUUUCACAGAACUCACUGUGUACUUCUCACACCAGCUUGUCGAUCUGUCUAUGUGUUUUAUGAGCACAACGAUAAAGUUGAAACAUUUUUAACAAAUCCCACAUCGAUUUCUCCCGCUCUUGCUUCUGUUCCACAGACACUCUGGGCGGCACACAAAUAUGACGUAGGCUUGAUCAACAACUGCCAACCGGUCGUCAUCACUCCACGUUCUGACUUCCGCCCCCACAAACACCAGUACCCCCUGCGACAAGAGGCCAUAGAUGGUAUCACGCCUGUAUUCAAUUCGCUCCUGGAGGCAGGAGUGAUAGUUCCAUGUCCAGACUCACCGGUCAGGACGCCAAUAUUUCCAGUAAAAAAAAUCAGAGAUGCUGGCAAGCCUACAGAAUGGCGUUUCGUGCAGGACCUAAAAGCAGUAAAUGCGGCUGUUCAUGCACGGGCACCAAAUGUUCCUAAUCCUUACACAAUCCUAGCUCAGAUUCCUCCUGAAGCUAAAUGGUUUUCUGUUGUUGACCUGUCAAAUGCCUUUUUCAGCGUGCCAGUCGACAAAGACAGUCAAUUUUGGUUUGCAUUCAACUUCAACGGUAAGCCAUACACCUUCACUCGUUUGUGUCAAGGCUAUACCGAAUCACCCACAAUCUACAAUGAUGCGCUCAGAGAAAGCUUGGAGAGCUUAACGCUCUCUCCCGGCUCUGCACUUCUGCAGUAUGUUGACGACUGUUUAAUUGCAGCUCCUACUCAGACGCAGUGUCAGACAGACACGCUUAAACUACUCAAACAUUUAGCAAAGGAAGGCCACAAGGCCAGCCUUUCUAAAUUACAAUUUGUGUCUCAAAAUGUGCAUUUCCUAGGUCAUGACAUAUCUGGAGAAGGAAAAACCCUCUCCCCAAAAAGAAUCGCCGCGAUCGCAUCAAUACCGAAACCCAACACCAAAAAACAAAUGAUGUCCUUUUUGGGCAUGUGCUCAUACUGUCGAUCAUUUAUUCCAAACUACUCACAAAUGGAACAACCGUUAUCAAACCUAAUCCAUGGAAAAAAUCUUACAGCACACGACAAAAUAAUCUGGACUGAAGAGGGUCAUGCGGCCUUCACACAAAUGAAAUAUGCUUUGCAAACUCCUCCGACUCUUGGACUGCCGAAUCCGAAUAAGCCAUUUACUCAGACAGUAGAUGAAAGACAGGGCUGCAUGACUUCUGUGCUGCUACAACCACAUGGUGAUAAACUCCGCCCGGUUGCGUAUUUCUCCGCAAAACUCGACCCUGUCGCUGCAGGACUGCCACAAUGUUUGCGCGCUGUGGCCGCGGCUGAAAGAGCGCUCACUGCCUCACGUGACAUAGUGGGUUACGCACCACUCACUCUGCUCGUUCCGCACGCGGUUUCUUUGAUUCUCCUCGAACAGAAAUCCUCUCACCUUUCUGCGGCUCGCUAUUUACGGUACCACACAUGUCUCCUCGACAUGCCGAAUGUCACAAUAAAACGUUGUACUAACCUUAACCCUGCAUCCUUACUUCCUAUUCCUGGGGAUGGGGAGGACCACAACUGUUUGGCUGAGCUCCAAGCUCAGUGCACUCCUCGUCCUGACCUAGUGGACACUCCACUAACUAACAGCGACAUGGUAAUGUAUGUGGAUGGAUCCGCCUCUCGCGAUCCUCAGUCUGGUGAAAAUUGUGUUGGUUUUGCUGUUGUUUCUGACUCUGGUGUGCUGUGUUCAGGUCCUCUGCCAUGUCACCUCUCAGCCCAGGCAGCUGAGCUCAUCGCUCUGACCGAAGCCUGUAAACUGGCUAAGGGUAAAACAGUCACAGUUCACACUGACUCUCGCUAUGCGUUUGGUGUAGUACAUGAUUUUGGGGCACUGUGGAGACACAGGAAUUUCCUUAAAUCGGACGGUAAGCCCAUCCUACAUCACACUCUCAUUGCUGAACUGUUGGAAUCCAUCUUGCUACCCACGGCAAUUGCUGUCUGUAAAUGUGCAGCCCACACGUCUAAUACAGAUGAUGUAUCACGGGGAAAUGCUCGAGCAGACUCGGCUGCAAAAGCUGCUGCUCUGCGCUCGCUCCCAGCUUCCUCUGUUUUCAUGUGCUCUCAGGUGUCAGUUCCCUCCUCUCUUACAGCGAUGCAGUCCCUCUCCACCCCUGAUGAAAGACGGCUUUGGUCCAUAUCUGGCUGUAUUUACACCAACGGCCUCUGGACUGGACCCGAGGGCAAGCCGUGUUUACCUAAACAUUAUUUUGCCCAUUAUGCUAAGUUGACUCAUGGGUUAGACCAUGUGUCAAAAGGUGGAAUGUUACGUGCACUUAAUGAGACGUGGUUUACAAAAGGGUUCACAGCAUAUGCACAAAAAUUUUGUUCUGCAUGUGUCACCUGUUCUACUCACAAUGUAGGCAGGCCCGUGGGCGUGUCCAGCCAGGCUGCACACCCACCACCAACCCGCCCUUUUGAGCACAUUAUGAUGGAUUUUGUGGAGUUAUCUCCAUCUGAAGGUAAGAAACACUGUCUGGUGAUGGUAGACAUGUUUUCCAAGUGGGUUGAGGUUUUUCCAUCAAGCAAACAAACCGCUGCAACAGUGGCCAAGGCCCUGAUUUCUGAAAUCAUUCCUCGAUGGGGCAUUCCGGCUAAAAUAUCAAGCGACAAUGGUUCUCAUUUUGUCAACGAGGCCAUUACAGAAUUAAGUGCAUACCUAGGUAUUGAUUUAAAAACACACUGCGCAUACCAUCCAGCCAGUGGAGGGGCUGUGGAACGAGAAAAUGGCACACUCAAAACCAAAUUGGCAAAGUGCUGUGCAGACACAGGUCUGCCCUGGACAAAAGCCCUGCCUCUAGUGUUGAUGUACAUGCGUAUGAGAAAACGAACACGAAGCAACCUGAGUCCCUUCGAGAUAUUGUUUGGUUUUCCUCCUCACGUAGGAACCGAGGCACCGACGGCACCACUCCCUUCAACCGCGCUAUGUGAACAUGAAAUGUUAACAUAUUGUGCACAACUCUCUUCUGCUCUGUCUAACAUACGACAACAGGUUGCAGCCGCCCUCCCGAAACCAGCUGAAGGACCACUCCUGAAAGACUUCAGAAGAAAGAACUGGAAAGCACGACGCUGGCAGGGACCGUUCCAGAUUCUCCUUGUCACCCAAACAGCUGUCAAAGUAGCUGAAAGGGCAACUUGGAUCCACGCAUCCCAUUGCAAGAAGGUUCCAGAUCCAGUACCAGCAGUGGGCUCAAGCGACCCUACCCCCACAACAAGUGUCAAUCAACCGACACCACCGUUGCAGUGACCACGGACGGGUUCACAACGGGCAGUUGACCGACAGACACACAGUGCAUUGUGAUCUGUGUUGACUGUCUACAACGCGGAUGCCUCACAAGAAAGAAGGUUGGCAGACUCCACAUACCAACGUGUACCUACGGACCAACACAAGAAGAAGAACACGACCAGGACCCCUCCACAUAGACACAGUAGUCGUUUGUGUCAUUACGGUUUCAUUCAUAUUAUUGCUUGCUUCAGUUUCAUUGUAUCUUAGCAUCUUUUUGUGAUUUGUAAUCAGCUAUCUAAAGAGUGGUUCUCCCUUAUCAUGGAACGGCAACGGCCAUGGAGCCCCCUUAGACGACUGGGGGGAACUCGUGUAACCAUGUGUUUAUUUGCAAGUGUCACUUUGUUUGUGUUAAUUCCAUAUUCUGGACAUGACUCUGACAAUGACCCCAACAGUGACUCUGACUCCCUGGUCGACCUCAACACUUACGACCUCGAUACAUACGCAUAGUGACAUUUUUAUAUUCUCAUGUUUCUGUGUUCAUUCCUUUUGUUUCAUAUUUGCUUGCUAAACGACCUGAGACUUGGUCUCACAAAAACAUAUUUUUGCAAUAUUAUGUGUGAUUAAAGAAUAAUCAAAAGAGUGGAAUGUAAUGGUAAAAUAUGUUAUAACAUAAUCUUAUGCCAAAAGAUUAAUUAUUGUCUGUAAUGAAGCAAUGUGAGAAGAAAAGGGAGACCCAAAAGUUGCCUUUUGCAGCUAUGUGAAGGAGGAUAGUCAAACUGGCCUUCACCCGAAUGCUCGAACAAAGGAACCCUGUUACUCCCAUCUUUGCCUUGAUUCUUUUCCUGCUUGAUUUGUAACUUUUCAUUUGUGUUAUCUCACAGGUGGUUUAGAGUUUCAGGCUUCAGUAGCUCUCGUGUCUGCAUACCACUAGAAAUGACCUUCAUGUGUGUGUAUAAGAACUCAGCAUUUUCACUGCUCGGAGACGCCAUCUCCACAGAGCACCGUGAUACGUGCCUGUGUAGUUGACCUCCUGCUUGCAAGCAAUAAAUGGACUUUCUGCAACUUUGA